AUGUCAGUCCCUGAUCUUAUAAUAGAUCCAAGUCUAAGGUAUUGGGUUCUUCUCCCAAUUUCCUUCGCCAUGGUGCUUUUUGGUGUCCUAAGACAAUACAUUUCAAUCCUUUUACAACCAACUCCAAAAUUACAACCAGUAAAGAAAUUAAGAGAAAUUGAAUAUAUAAAGAAAGCUCAGCUAUUAAAACAACAUUUUUGGAAUGUUCCAAAGAAGGAUUUUGAAUCAAGACAAACUUAUCUAAGUGAGAAUCUAGAAAAUGGUUCAUAUUUGGCUGAACCUGUUCAAGAAAAUCAACAACCACCAAAUCCAUUAACUGAUCCAGGUGCCAGUGAUGCAAUGUUAGGAAUGGCUAAGAACAGUUUUGGUAACUUUGCAGCUCAAACAUUAAUGAUGGGUUGGGUGAAUUUCUUCUUUGCCGGCUUUGUUUUGAUGAAGCUUCCAUUCCCAUUAACAUUAAGAUUCAAACAAAUGUUACAGUCAGGUGUUGCCACCGCAGAUUUGGAUGUUAGAUGGGUCUCAUCAAUCUCAUGGUACUUCAUUGCAAUUUUGGGGUUGAAUUCAGUUUUCAACCUAUUGUUAGGGGAUGGUAGCGUUGCUAAUCAAAUGAUGCAACAACAAGUUGCACCAUCUAUGCCAGGUGGCCCAACCCCAGAUAAAAUAAUGAAUGCCGAAGCUAAUGAUUUGAAAAUUAUCCCAUAUAAACAUGUUCUUGAAGAUGUUGAUGCUAGAGUUUUGAAGAUCUAUGGUUCCAAAUGA